AUGACUGACGAAGAAAAACAGGAUGUAGCUGUUGAAUUUGGUCUGAAUGCUGUGGAUCCUGAUUAUCAAAGCCGAGGCAUUGGAACACUGUUAUAUAAUGGAGCUGUACGUAUUGCAAAAGAAUAUUUCAAUGCACAACGUGUUUAUUCUUAUAUCAUACGGAGUAAACGAAAUCAAAUUGAAUGGUGUUUACGACAAGGUUUUAUGGAUACGGGACGAUUGGUAUCUUUGCCACCCGAAGUACAACUUCAAGCGAAAGUAGAUCUAGACGAACUUAAAGUUUCUGUUUUAACAAAACGCUUACAAUAA